AUGCCACGAAUUCCAAUGCGUCCGGCUGGAAGCAUCAUCGACCUGACCCUUUCACCUACCCCAUCCCCUAUCAAAAGAGCUCACAAAUAUGGUGUUUCGGCGCUAGACGCAACUCUUGAACGCGCAAUCAAUCUGGCUUCUGUAGAAGCUUUGAGGUGUAUCGUCGUGUUGCCAAAUGCGGGAUAUGCAUUGGAGAAGCCGAAGGAAUCGCCUUUGAAAGAACUACGUGCUGAGGAAGGUGUUGAUUCGCCACAGGUUGGUCGGAGCAAAGAGAUGGAGUUAUUCUCAGAGAAUAAGCGGCAGCAACGAAAUGCUGCGAAAUUCAAUCUACAUUCAGGCUUAUCGCAUGAGCCUCAACCAGAUCUUGAAGAAGCAUUAAGUUUCCAAAAACUGUACGAUGAGAUAUACCCGUCUCAAGGCUCAGCUCAACCAGCACCAACAUUAUACUCGGAAAUGCCUUUUGGACAGCAGCACCACUUCAAGAAAUUUCCUCUAAUACCACCAGGCCCACCAAGAAACGAAAACGAAAGGUCUGUGAUGAUUGUGGAGAAGAUCCGGACGAAGGAGAUGGAUGUUGCAAAUACAACAGUAUGA